AUGAGGCUGAUCGAUCUCAAACGCCAUUGUUGUACGUCCUCGUUCAUGUUCAUCGUCGAACUCAUCAUGCAAGUAAUGAAACCAAGAAGCUCAAAUGGCAAUAUUAUUCCUUUUAUUCCUCUUGACGUUGUUGAAAAAAUUUUUCUCGCAGUAGACACUCAAACCCUAUUUCAUUGUUCUUUCGUUUGUAGAGAUUGGAAUUCCCUUAUUACCAGUCCCGAUUUCAUAUCUCGAAACUCAGAGCAAGCUCUUCAAUCAAAAAAUGAAGUAUUUCUCGUAAAAGUUUGCCGCUACAUAGACAACAGCGAAUCAGAUAUUGACACAGAUGUUACUUUCCACGAAUGCUAUUCGUUGCAUUGGGACAACCACCGAUUGAGUUUGUUUCGCAGAUUGAAAACUCCGACCAUCGAUGGCUUCAAAACUGGCAAAGUGUUGGGUACAAUCAAUGGGUUAACAUGUCUUGUUGAUCACUUGCAUGAACAAUUCGUUCUUUGGAACCCAACUAUUCGAAAAUACGUAAUGCUUCCCCAACUCUCGAUGACAUGUUGUGAGGUACACAGAUCAUCUGUAGGGUUCGGCUUUGACAGCACGAACAAUGAUUUUAAGGUUGUAAGCCUUAUUCAUCGUAACCUUAAACUUCAUAUCGUUUGUGUUUUCUCAUACGCCACUUGGUCAUGGAAAUUUUUCACUAAAAGAACUCAUCCCCUUCCUAGAUGUCGAGUCUUUAAGGUGGCAGCUCCCGUGUUCAUGAAUGGUAUACUUCACUGGAUUGCUUGGAACAUCGAUGUAGGUUACCAAUUUAUACUUACAUUCGAUCUGUCGCAUGAAGUGUUCGGACAAAUAUUCCUUCCAGAGAGGAUUGCGGAAUUUGAUGGUUUUGUUUCUAUAUUCACGACAGGGGAGAGGCUUGCUGUGUCAAAAUUAGUACGAGGAGAAAGACAAAUAUAUCGCAAGUGGUACGUGUGGAUUAUGAAGCAAUAUAGAGUGUAUGAGUCUUGGACAAAUAUAGUGAGAUCAGAAGAGCGUCCUUAUGACAGACCAAAUCAUAAGUUGAUUCCGAAGAAUGUGUUAGGGAUGAGGGUGAACGAAGACAUCAUAGUCGAAAUGGGAGACGGGAGGAUUCUCAGCUAUAAUCCAAUAGCCAGAAGAACGAAGAGCCUACAAGGAGUUGACGCCUUAGGAGUUAUAAAAGAUAGGAUUUUUAUUCGUUAUCAUACAGAGAGCUUGUAUUUACUAGAGAAGAAAGAUGAGGUUAUCUCCUAUUAG